UCUCUUGUUAAAAAUUGUGGGCUGUUUGAUAUUGGUUAUAGUGGUCCUGUUUAUACUUGGCGUGGUAGGCAACAUACUUCUAAGCCCAUUCAUAGACGUCUUGAUCGAUGCUUGGUCAAUUCUGAUUGGUGCACUUUUUAUCCUAAUACUAAAGUGCUGAAUCUUCCUAUUAUUCUUGGUGACCAUGCUCCCAUUUUAAUUUCCUCGGAAGGUAAACUUGUUAGGCCUAGACAAUCUUUUAAAUUUGAAAACUGGUGGCUUAUGGAAAAAGAUUUUCACUCUUUUGCUAAAAAUAAUUGGAUUUCUAGUUCCCUGACCUCUUUUGCUGCAAAGUCAUCUUCUUUGGCAGGAUCUUUAAAAGUCUGGUGCAAGAAGAAAAAACCUCUCCAACAAGAACUUGCUGAGCUAGAAUCCAGAAUCAAGGAUUUGCAACAGCUGCCUCUCCACCAACAGGACCAUGUUUUGGAAAGUACUCUUACUAAUAGGCCUUUUUCUUCCCCUAUUUGGACUAAUGACAACAAUAAUCCUACUUAUUCUAUUCCGGACAAGACUGAACUUUUGCGGAUUCUUAAAGACAUGAAGCUUAAUGCUUCUCCUGGUUCUGAUGGGUUCAAUGUAGAAUUUUAUUUAGCUACUUGGGAUUGGAUUGGGGAUGAGGUAAGAUGAGGUAACUCAGCUUGUCACUCACUUCUAUAAUACUGCUACACUUCCCCCUCACAUCAAUGAUACCAAUAUUGCUCUUAUCCCUAAGAAGUUGGUUCCUCUUGUGCCCAUGGACUACCGUCCUAUUAGUCUUUGUAAUGUGCUUUAUAAAAUCAUUGCUAAGUCUCUUGCGAAUAGACUUAAGCAUCAUCUUCCUGAUUACAUUGACCAAGCUCAACAAGCAUUUAUUGAGGGUAGACGUAUUAGUGACAACAUUAUCAUUGCUCAGGAAAUUGCUCACUCAUUUUCUCUUAAAUCCUAGAAAUAUGAUGCCUUUAUGCUUAAGAUUGACCUUGCCAAAGCUUUUGAUCGUUUAGAAUGGAAUUUCAUUGUUUCUGCUCUGGCUCGUAAAAGGCUGUAUGGUCAUUUUGUUAAUUUGGUUCAUGCAUGCAUCUCAUCUCCCUCAUUCUCUGUUCUCAUUAAUGGCCGGCCCUCUCCUAAAUUAAGAGCUUCAAAGGAAUACGACAAGGCUGUCCCAUGUCUCCUUACUUAUUUGUUCUUGCAAUUAAUGAACUUUCCAUCUUGCUUAAUGAAGCUUUGCAGGCUAACCAAUUGCAAGGAAUUUCUCUUGGACCAAACUGCCCCUCUGUCCAUUCUCUUCUAUUUGCAGAUGAUCUUCUGGUGUGUGGGCACGAUACUUAUCAGGAGGCUCAGACGAUGGCCAGUCUUAUUCAACACUUUUGUGCUCUUUCUGGUCAAACUCCUAACUGGAAUAAAUCUGCCAUUCUCUUUAGCAAUCAUGUUUCUCAGAAUAUUAUUAAUGAUAUUAAGCAAGUCUUUCCUGUUGCUAAUCUUGAUGCUAAUUUCACUCAUCUUGGUCAUCCUCUAAUUUUGCCUGCUAAGAAUAGGGAUGCUGCUUAUAACUUUGUUUUGGAUAAAAUUUUAAAUAAGCUCCCCUCUUAUAAAGCUAACAUGCUAUCUCAUGCUGCCCGUCUUGAACUUAUUCGCUCUGUCUUUUCUGCUAUCCCUGUUUAUUAUAUGGCAAACAUUCUGUUUCCAAAAAAAUUUAUUGCCAAGCUCACUUCUAUCAUUAGGAAUUUUUGGUGGACAGGGAUUAGAGAAACAGAUUCUAAGAGGAGUCUUUGUCUUAGAGCAUGGAAGGAUAUUACCAACUCCAAGUCUGAAGGUGGUCUUGGAAUCAGAAAUCUAAAAGCCGUCAAUGAGAGUCUUAUUCUUGCUGCGGCUUGGAGGUUAGCUAAAAACCCCUCCUCCCAAUUAUAUUGUGUUCUUCAAGCCAAAUAUUUUUCUACCACUUCUAUUUGGAAAGCUACUAAUAAUCCACCUAAAUCUGCCUUUUGGUCUUCCAUUUUAAAAAUGCUUCCUAAACUUAAAGAGCAUGCCUUCUAUCAACUCACCCAAGGUAAUGUUUCUAUUUGGAGCAUGCCUUGGUGCAAUCUUUGAAACUCUAUUCAUGAUUUUCUCAUUCCUCAACCAUCAGGCUUUAUUUAUCCCUCCUUGGUUAGGGAUCUUUGGCAGCCUGGGCAAAGGCAAUGGAAUCGUCAACUCAUUUUCUCUCUUUUUCAGCAACUUUUGGCUACUCAGAUUAUCAACAUUGAUAUUCUCGAUGAUGAUAAUGCUGAUAUUCUUUGUUGGCCUUUGGCUCCCAAUAGUAUUUGCUCUUCCAAAGCUGCUUAUAAACUUUGUUACAAGACAUUCAUACUAAUCCUAGAACUGCUCCUCUGGAUGUUCCUUUGGAUUUGAAAGCUUUUCUUAAAACUAUUUGGAAGCAGAAUGAUUUAUUGCCCAAGGUUAAAACUUUUGCUUGGAGGAUGCUUAGCAAAGCUUUGCCCACAGGAAUGAGAGCAGGCCGUUUUUCUAUUCACAUUUCGCAGAAUUGUUGUAGAUGUGCUCAACAAGAAGAUGAGUUUCACCUUUUCUUUCUUUGUGACUUUACUAGAGCGGCCUGGUUCUCUGCUCCUUGGUUUCUUAGAUCUGACAUCCUUGUGCAAGGUCACUCUUCAAUGCAUUCCCUUCUGAUUCACUUUGCUUCUAUGGGCCAUCCUUAUGCAUCUUUGCAAAAUAUUUUCAAUUUUAUGUGAUGCAUUUGGAAGGCUAGAAAUGAUUUUCUCUUU